AUCUCCCUGAUAAACCGACCCAUGAGACUUUUAAUAAUUUUUCCAGAUUCUACGGCGUACAAGAUAUAGAAUCAAUCUGUGACUCACAAUGAAACUGAUGUUCAAUAAUUGCAUUGUGUAAUAUCGGAAUAAUACAGAUUGGAGAUACCGGUUUAUCAACGAUCGACACGAUUUGCCCGUUUUUCGAUAAAACGUUUGUUAAAUGUGUAAAUCACAGUGUGACUGGUAAGAAGGAUUCGAAUCGAUUUACGACUUACAUUAUUAAAACUGAUAUUCAAUAAUUGCAUUGUUUGAUAUCGGAACGCCUGACGAUGAGAUCAGAGAUAGCGGUCCGUCGACGACGAUUGAUUGCCCGUUUUUUGAUAAAACGUUUGGGAACGGUCACGGUGUAAAUGGUAAGAAGGAUUCGUUCUAAUUGAUGUUACAUAGUUUACGUAACUGUGGAUAGAAUAAAAUCCGGCGAAGGCGUUACGUAAAGAAGAUAGGGAAACUUCGAUUGUGUGCACGCGCACGGAUAUAGUAGAUGCGGAUAAAAAUCGAGAUAUCAAUUAAAAUAAUUGGCGAAUCGGCGGACGUGGAAAAGGAGCCGAUAAGGGUAUUUGCAAUUGGAAAAUGCGCGAUGCUGUCACCGUUUCACAGGAUUUUCAGUAGAUCUGCAGGAUUGCUCAAAGGCUCGGUGAGACGAUUCAGCUGAUGUAUUAUUAAAUAUUUAAUCGGGAACGAACAGUGGUUGGAACGUGAGAAAGACUUUCGUGGCAGGCUUUUGUCGACGACAGGAAAGAUGCUCGGAAGUCGGCUAGUUAUGAAAUUGCGAAAGCUUAUGGCGGCUGAAGCGUGUGAAGAUUCGGCGAGUCUAGGUAAAACCAUAUCUGACGAAAGUGUCCAUUAAAACGAAUGGUCUCCUUCUGAUCGCCUUCCUGAAGGAGAGAAGACGAGAGAGAAAGAGAGGACGUUCGUCCAUUCUCUUCGCAAUAACGCAUAACAACACCCGCGCUUUUACACCGUAACAUUCGAAACGGGGACAUUAUGAUACACCGCACGAUAAGCUCUGCAUACGUACGUACAUGUUCGAAACUUCGAUCGAACCUCGCAUCCCGAUACCCGUUAACCAGUGGGAGGCCGCAGUUUUCCUAAUAACGAAUCUCUCGCGACGCGAGUCCUCCUCUCUGUCAACGAAAUUUCCUCUCGAGGUCGAGAAAGACCUUCCCACGAAUCGUUGCGCAGAUCUCGCAAUCCAAUUUCUAUUAUAAUUAAAUCGUUUGAGACACAAAAGAAACUUGGUUAUUUCUGAGCGUGGCAUUAAGAAACCGGGCGACGGAUAAAAAUGUUGAGAGGUGACCGCGUGAGGAGGUUCGUUAUCUAAUUCACGGCACGAAGUAAACGCGACGGCUAAUUCCAUGGAAUUUACAUGUCAAUCUGGAAGAGCCCGCGGCCAGCAAUUAGGCCAACGUUAAUUGGCACGAAACGCGCCUCAAAGAUUAAGGGGCUGCCUGAGAGCAAGACGAAACAAACAACAUGCAUGCAAAUGAACGAUCUGAUCGUGCGAUUUCCUCCGCUCCUAUCGAUUUCGAUCGGAAGGACUUCCCGUUUCCCGAGACGAUCUCCUCCUCUGUUUCGCUGAGCGACGUUCAGCGGUUUCAAAACUAUUGCCACACUGCUUUCUUUAUUAAAUGUAUCCCUGCGUCGAUUAUUCUCACUCUGUGCACAAAAGAAUACGAUUCCUGUUCGAAUCCCACGAGAAGUGCCGUAAUCUGAUCGAUCGGAUCGAGCGUCUUCCCGAGGAAGAAGAGGAAAGGAAAAUAGACAAAGUACAAUUAAUCGGACGGAAUCUGUGAAAGGAAUAUUCUAACCGACACACAGUUAACCGAAACCUUCGGAUGGAACAGGAUGUUGCCUCGAAAUAGCCAAAGUUUCCACUUGGUCCUUGUAACGCGAUCGUUUUCACGGUUGUAAAAGCACAGACGUUGUGCAAAGUACAUUUGAUAUUCCUGAUGAGGAAACAACGGGAGCACUGGGUCAACCGAGAUGCCGCUCCGAUUAAAUUAAUACGAAGUAAGGGUAGGGUGGCUCUGUCGGUAGAACGAAAUAAAGAGAAUUCGUGGGGGACAGAAAUCACGACCCCGCGAAUGGACGCGGAGCCGUUACGUUUUCACGGGUGUAAGAACGCGACGCGGGGAUAUUGCGUAAGAGAGGAAUCUGCAGGAGCGUGGUGGAUCCCGCCCCCUACCUCCCCGGGAUCUUCUCUUUCCCCGGUGUUCGUCUCCGCCAGGUGUGGGAGCCCCGGGAAAGAGGGGCUCUCAAGAAACUUCCCCCCCUUUUGUUUCUGGCCGAUCUCUAAACCCAUAUAUAUACCACCACCGCGUGGUCGCAUCCAUCGAGAAAGAAACUUCGCCCGUAACACCGUGGAGAACCGAAAAACUCGCACGCGAGCAGGUCCAGGUAGGUGGUGAGUGCGUUCUGUGCCAAGAUACAAAAAUCAUCCUGAGAAUAAAUGAACACCACGCGGAAGGAUACUGCGGAUUAAACCGAUCUUUCACGAAAAGAUGAUUUCGCGGUACCAAAUUUUCUGCGCACUCCUGCUGUUCAGUGCGAUUUUGCUGUACCAAGCGAUGGCGCAAGUGGACGGUUACACGCCUGGCGUGGACUACCCGAUCUACGACUCGGUGCCUUUCGGUCUCACGUUUACCUGCGGCGGCAAGUUACCUGGUUACUACGCCGAUCCUGAAGCCAGAUGUCAGGUCUGGCACUGGUGUCUGCCAAACGGGCGCAUGUUCAGCUUCCUCUGUCCAAACGGCACCGUCUUCAGCCAAUCGGCGCGCGUCUGUGAUUGGUGGUUCAAGGUGGACUGCAACGACUCGCCGCGACUGUACGGCAUCAACGACGACCUGUACAGAGACGUAAACGGGAACAAGAUCUAAUCGCUGGCCGUAACGUUUAAGCGCCCGUGUCAAGUGUACGAUCUCUUCGGUAGAGACGAGAUUAACUAUCUUUUUAAUAGAACCGUGAUCAAGUCCAACGAGUCGUGAGUUCCUAGCUUGCCGGCGGUGAAACGCGAAAGAGACAGAGCGCCAUGGUAUUCUCGGACGCUGAACAAACGAAAGGCCGCGAGCCCAGCGGCCGAACACACCCCCGCCGAGACACCCCGUUCCCAUAGAAUCCGUUCAAAUUCUACCGCACAUCCCGAGUAAACGAUCCUAGCUGUUAUAGACACUUGAAUAAAGUAUCAGAUGCAUUAAAUCUC